AUGUCCAAGUUCCAAGAAUCACUACCUUCCUUUGCACCAACUCCUUCGUCAUUUGGAGUGAGUCGUUUCGACAAUCUUCAUGAAGUUCAGCAUGAUAACGGUGAUAAGGAUGACUCUACAGCCCACAGCGUGACACCUCUUGGAGAUCGCUUAGCCAGUUGUAAAAAUGAUGCGGAUCAUCUCCCUUCGCAUACACCUCAAAACCUUUGCAGUCCAUUUAAGGAUGCUUCAACCAUUAACCAUGAUACACUUUGCACAGAUGCAAGUUACAACAUAAGCGUUCAGAGUCUUCCGCCGGGGGUGGAAAUAAGGAUGGAGGAUGACAUUGGCCUUCGUGGGAAGAUUGAGCGCUUAGAAAGGAAGCUUUUACAUUCACGUACCACAAUAGCUGACUACAAAGACGAUCAGAGUAAUCUACAGAUACGUCUGCAGGCCUCUGAGACCGAGCGACGUACAGUUGCUCACGAACUAGAGGAGGUCACCCAAAGGCUUUGGGCGUGUAAGAGGUCGAUGGAGGAGCAACGAAGAGAACAUUCAAAGGAGAAAUUGAAUUUUAUUGAGAUUAAAUCCCAACGCGACGGUUUGCUGGAGAAGAUGCAGGAUGCUUGGGAUCGUAUUGUAGCUCUUGCGUUGGAACAGAAGAAGUCUGAAGCUGAAAAAGUACUUCUGCAAGAGGCUAUUUGGCAUGAGUUUGGCUUGUCAGAACAUCAGGCAAUAACUUUGUGCCAGAAACUCCAGAGGCUCAACUCACGGACGCUGGAGCUUACGCAUGAGAAACAAAAUACUAAUGAUAACUAUCUUCUGCUCAUCCAUUGCAUAGGGGAUGCGGUUCGCGAGUUGAACUCAACGCUCAAGCGUCUCAUUCAUGAGAGCUUCGAGUGUAUUCGAUCACUAGAUACCUUUGAAGUCUCUUCAUGCAAUAAAGAGUGGAAAGGAGGAGAACUUUUCGAUCAGGCUGCUGCAGAGUUAGCGAGAUUGUGGGAGGGGAGCUUUGUCAAGAUCUUGCAGUCGAGUACCACAGAGACGGAAGACCUAACAGAUACAGCUGCUUCAACUAAAGAAGUUUUGCACCAAUUACUAAUGCCUCUAUUGCAAUCUCUGCAGGGUAUUGGGUCUGUAUGGCGACAGUUCUACUACAAGCAACAAACAGCCUUGGUGAAACUGAAGGACAUACACCAGUCUCAAGACACUCUUUCUAACAUCACACCACUUCGUCAGCAAGCCUACGAGCAACCUUUGGGAAAGUCCGUGCGGGAUCUGGAGGGGGAAGCAGUAGUAGACAUGGAUUCUGCGCAUGGACUGAGGGCUUUGGCUUGCCAGCUGGGCUGCGAUGUCACUUGGGAGGCGGUGCAGUGCUGCGUAAAACAACUCCAACGGCAAUGCCAGGACGCAACGGCAUCCACCAAAGUAGCUGACCACGAGAAGUACAAAGCGGCAAGUAUUACCGGUGAUUCAGGGAAGGGACAGCCAAAUGAGAAUGCGCGCCGCUUCGACCUCCUGUCGGAAGGUGCGAAUGAAGGCCCAAAGCACACCAGCUCGGUGCAAUCGCUUCAACCUGCUAAUAGCGAGUCCAUUCUCCAACUGAAACCCACUCCAAUCCCAGAGAUGAAGCCGUGCUACCAAACCGGGUCCCCAGCGUAUCUACCGCAGCGUGGACUUCGCCAGAAAGGGGUUCUCACUCCCCCAUGCACUUUACACGGGAUGGUAUCAACACCACAGCAAAGUCAAGGCAAAUUGGCAUCAAAUGCGGAAAUGAUGAUUGAGGAACUAGAAAAGCGCGUGGGAGUGCGGGAUAGCCUGCUGCUCUUCUUUGCUACGGCUUGUCGUGGUCUCAUUUUUGAUCUGGCAGCAGUCAUACAACAGCGAGAGAUUUUGUAUCGCUAUCUGCAAUCCCUUACAGGUACCCGCAACACAUUCGCUCAUUAUACUUCAGGCGUUAGAUUAUCCAGUAGACACAGACGAAAGUCUCUGCGGAUAUGGGUUCUUACCGUCCUGGCGGCUCUCCGACUGCGUAAUGCUGCAUUAAAUAGUCGAAGAACGGACGGUAGAAGUUUAAAAAGGCGGUGGUGGUGUGAUCUAUUUCGAGAAGCGUUGUCAUCGGAGGACAGCGUUCUGCACAACAGGCGUAUAGCGGGUUCCAUAGGUGGACGCUCCGGCGCGGAGGUAUGGUCUGAGACCAUUUCCAAGCUACUGGAUUCUGAAGGCAAUGGGGAGCCCAUUUCCGUCAUGCGUGGGCUCUUAGAGGUUGUGAAAACUGUCGAUGCUCUUUCCUCGGGCGGUUACCCUGGGCAUGGACUGCUGCCUUCACCGAUCUGGUGUUUGACCGCGCCCUCUCGUUCUAUGAAUCAUGCGCAAUCAUUCGGAGCGAACCAUCGUCGCCUGUUCGAUCACGACGAAAAGACCCGCUCCACUACGCAUGACGCCGGUUCUGGGGUCACUAUGUCCCCUCCAUCCUUGGCAGGUGCGACCGUUAAAUAUGCUUCUCGCAAUGAACAAACCCUUGUAAAGGUGAACGACUUAUGUGAUUUAGCACCCGCGUCGGGGCACCUUCGGCCGAGAAACCCCAGCCCAGCACGCACGCCGAGGACGGAUGUUGAUAUUUCGCUUCUAUCUUCGAUCAGUAGCCGCCCAGUAUGUGAGAAUGGGCAAGCUUCUGCAAUCAGUGAACCAAAUCGUCCAAACAACUCAUUUUUGGGGUUAACCGUGGAUGUGGCCUACCCUUCCCUCGUUUUAAAGCCACCCCAGGCCUUUUCAACCUCUGAGCAAGGGCAAGUCAUGGGGGGAGGGCCGGGGUUAGAGGAGAGGAGCGUCGAGGACACCUUGAAACUCUCGAUUCAGAAGGAUUACCUUGAGCGGGCUCACCGCGGCGCGACCCCAUUCUCUCAUUUUUCUCUUCAGCAGGGCGAUACGACGGGUGGCAUCCCCAGCGCGGACAACUGUUCUUCGAAAAUUCACAUAUCUUUUCCAUCGGACACCUUUGCAAACGAGGUGAUGGGUAUGAUUGAGGUGUUGGAUCGCUGCGUAUCGGGUGCCUUGAAGCGUGGGGACACGGGUGUGGAAAACGUGAGAGAACGUAUAUGA